AUGUGCCCUAAUGGGUGGAUGCAUUUUGGGAAGAGCUGCUACUUGUUCCACUUCAGCCCGAUGGAUUGGGCUGAUGCUGAGCGUCACUGCACCACUGUGGGUGGAAAUCUGCCAUCUGUCCACACCAAGGAGGAGUAUGAAUUUCUCAGAAACACCGUUCAUCAGUUGACUGGCCAGCAUGUAAUGGCUUGGCUUGGAGGCUAUGAUGCAGUAAAGGAGGGUGUGUGGCUGUGGAGUGAUGGUUCCCAUUUUGACUUCAAACACUGGGGUAGAGGACAACCCAACAAUGCUGGUGGAAACGAGAACUGCAUGCAUAUAAACCUUAAAGGUAUGGAUUAUAUCAACGAUUUGCCGUGUCACACGAAGAUGGCUUUCUUCUGUGAGAAGCACCAUUGA